AUGGCCGCCACCGCGGUCGUCCUGGCCGCGGCUCUGGGUGGGGGGCUGCUCCUUAUCGCCCGGCGCUUUUGGGCGGCGGCCGGAAAGGCGAAGCGGAGCGUGGCCGCCGCCGCCGCCGCCGGCCAGAUGGAGGGCAAGACAGUGAUCAUCACCGGGGCCAACAGCGGCCUCGGGCGGGCCGCGGCGGCCGAGCUGCUACGGCAACACGCGAGGGUCAUCAUGGCGUGCCGGGACCGCGGCCGCGCCGAGGAGGCCGCGCGCGAGCUCCGCGCCGAGCUGGGCCUAUGCUCGCGGGGCGGCGGCGAGUGCCGCGGGGAGCUGCUGGUGCGCGAGCUCGACCUGGCCUCGCUCCGCUCCGUGCGCAGCUUCUGCCAGCAGGUGCUGCAGGAAGAGCCUAGGUUGGAUGUCCUGAUCAACAACGCUGGGAUAUUCCAGUGUCCUUAUAUGAAGACAGAAGAUGGUUUUGAGAUGCAGUUUGGUGUCAACCACUUAGGUCACUUCCUGCUCACAAACCUCCUCCUUGGACUUCUGAAAAGCUCCGCGCCCAGCAGGAUUGUAGUGGUGUCUUCCAAACUUUACAAAUACGGAGAGAUCAACUUUGAUGACUUGAACAGUGAGCUAAGUUACAACAAAAGCUUUGCUUAUAGUCGAAGCAAAUUGGCUAACAUACUGUUCACCAGGGAGUUAGCCCGACGUUUAGAGAGCACAGGGGUCACAAUUAAUGUGCUACAUCCUGGAAUUGUCCGGACAAACCUAGGUAGGCACAUACAUAUUCCUUUACUAGCCAGACCCCUUUUUACUUUGGUAUCUUGGGCUUUCUUCAAGUCUCCAUUGGAAGGAGCUCAGACGUCUAUUUAUCUGGCGUCCUCUCCUGAAGUAGAGGGUGUAUCUGGGAAAUAUUUUGGGGACUGCAAAGAGGAGCAGCUAUUGCCCAAAGGUACCGAUGACUUGGUUGCUAGGAAACUAUGGGAUAUCAGUGAAGUGAUGGUCGGGCUAUUAAAAUAAAUUCCAAGGGGAAUCACUGUGUGGAAGUAGUGUAAAGCGAUAUUUUUUAAGACUUCACAAUUUCCUGCAUCUGUUAUUUUUAUUCCAUCGAGGCAGAGGAAACCCAACUUAUUUUGUGGCUCUUCUUGGGAUUCAUAGUGCAGGAUUUAGAUUUUAUUCCCUUUUUAAAUGAAAUAUUCUCACUAGAAAUGUAAUAUUUAAGGAAAAGAGUACAGUUUAAGACAAUUUUAGUAUGUUUCAGGAUUGAGAGACAUAUGUUCUACACGCACACGCACACGCACACACACGGAUGAUGCCUGCUGUCUAAUGUAUGUACUGAUCGUUCAGUGCUUCAUAUCAGAAUUAGCUGUGUGUAGUACUAUAUUUGAAACACAUGGCAGCUUUGUUUUUUUUCUUCUAAAAAGAAUACCAUGAAUAUUAAGGAGAGAAACCUCUUGUGAAUGUUUCAAUUAGUGUGUAUAUUUCAGCUUUGGGGAGGAAUAUAAUAACAACAUUGUACGCUGGCUCUCUAGUUCAAAUGCGGGAUACAAUUGAUUAUUUUUAACUCCUACAUGUUUUGCCAACAAUGGAUUGAAUCUUUAAUGUUACAUCUUGCUUAACAAUGAUUCCAUCUAUUACAGGGCCUGCUCAGAAGACACCUUAAACCAGCCUUCCUCAACCUGGGGCGCUCCAGAUGUGUUGGACUACAACUGCUGUGGCAUUCUGGGAGAUGCAGUCCAACACAUCUGGAGCGCCCCAGGUUGAGGAAGGCUGCCUUAAACCUUGCUGGUUAAGGGUUUUGGUUAAGCAGCAAGGUUUAAGGUGUCUUAUGUGAUGCAUUUUGCUAAGCCCUGCUCACUCACUAACCACAGUCGGACUGUCUGCAGCAGGGUUAGCGGCUCUAACCUUGGCUUAAAGUGUUGUGUGCCACAGCAUGGCUUGUGGUUAGUGCUAACCCCACAGAACCACAGUUUUGCUAACCACAGAAGUGUCAUCUGAAUAGGCCCAUUGACUCAUUGCCUGCCACCACCCUAGCCUCAUGGCUUAUCAGUUAGCCACUUUUUGGCUAGGCAGCACCUCACAGAACAUAUUUGGCAAAAGCUUUAGAUGGAUUGUACAGCAAUCAACUGGUUGCUUUGGAAAUGCUCGCUUAGUCCCAAUUCAUAACAGCCUUUCUGUUCAUUGCCAAGUUUGCACAUGUAAAGUAGGUGUGUCGAUUUUUCCAGAAUCACAUGACCCCAACAUGCCUACACCUAAAGCAUUGUUACAUGUAAGUUUCACUGAAAUCUAUGGAACUUGCUACUUAUUUAUGUAAGUCCAGGGUACUAAUGACUUCAGGGUAAUUUUGUGUGAAGAAUAUUAAUGAAAUAUGAAUGGAGGUAUCAUAAUACACUGGAAACUAAAACCUCAGUCCAAAUGCACUUAAUCACAAGAUGUCAGUGACACAUCCUUAUGCAUAAACUACAAAUCUAUAAGCCAUCUAAGUGCCACCUGUAAUGUAUUAACAUUAAAGUCCAUUAAAGUAGCUGGAGUAAGUGGGCUGUGGAUUGUGGCCUAAGAUGUCAUGUUUCCAUUUAAUAGUUCAGUCCUGUUAAAUGCUAUGGGACCCAAAACACUGAUCUUGAGCAUGUUCCAUAGCUUUAAAUAGCAUAAAUGUGUGUCAGAUUGGGGUUUAAGUUGGCUUGAGUGAUUUCUAGGUCCAAGGCCUAGGAUGCAGCCUCUGUCUUCCUUAGUCACUGAACUUGAUAAACUGUUACCUAUGUCUGUGUGUUUAUGCAGUAGCACCAACUGACACGAAUUAUAUAUGCACAGACAGGUGGGCACGCACUCUUCAGAAUGUAUCUAAUUUUACUCUUCAGUGGCACCAGCUAGAAAGUCUUGAUAUAGAACCUCUGCCGUGCAGAGCUGUUAAUGUUUUACAGUAUUUAGUUUUGGCUUAAGUGUCAUAAAUGUGCCUCAUUUUGUUCUUCAUAAAUAAAGCUAUAUCCUAAAAUAUUAAAAGUUACAUGUGAACAUCA